AUGAGUAACACGUCUACAAGUAGCAAUGAUGAAAAGUACAUAAAGUUCAAAAAGGAAAAUCUCAUGGGUGCUUUGAAAAGAAAUAAUUAUUAUAUAAAAAAAAAUGAUUUAGAUAGUUCUGUUAAUGAAUCUAUUGAAAAUGAAAAUAAAAAAACUUAUAGAUGCUAUCAUUGCAAUAGAAAAGUUGAAGAUGUAUUAAUUUUAUCUUGUAAACAUUUAAUAUGUCUUAUAUGUUCUAGCAUACAAUUAGAAGAGAAUUAUAAAAAUUUUUUAGAAAAAUUCAUGAACAAAAAAUGUAUUGAAAAUAAUAAAAAUAAGAAAAGUCAUCAUAUUGAUGAAUGUUUUGAUAAUUAUAAAGAUAUGAUAAAAAAUAAAAGUACAUACAAUAAUAUAAAUGAUAUAAAAAAUGUUAUGUUUAAUAAUGAUAUCAUAUUAGAUGAUAUGUACAAGAAAGAUAAGGUUGGUUUUAUUACUUGUAAAUUAUGUAAUAUUAAAAAUAAACUUUCUUUAGAAUCUAUAGAAAUAUUAACAAAAGUCGGAUUGUUUUCUCAUAAUAUUUUAAAUGUUCAUAAAUUUUUUUUUAAUAAUAGAAAUGGUUAUGAAGAAAAUAAUAAUAAUAAUAAUAAUACUUUAAAAUACAAUUCUAUAGAGGAAGAUGGAAAUAUAUUGGAUAAUUCAUUGAAGAAUUAUAUAAAUAAUGAUGAAAAAAAGAAAUUUCUUUUAUUGAAAAAUAAAUAUGAUUAUAUAAAUGAUCAACUGGAUGAUUUAGAGAAAUAUUCUUAUAUAUGUAAUAUUUGUUCUUAUAAUGAAGCUAUUAUAUAUUGUAAAGAUUGUGUAGAAUAUUUAUGUAAAGAAUGUUGUGAUAAUAUUCAUGAAAUGGAUAUACUUAGAAAAAAAGCCAAUUUAAAAAUUGAAAAAGAACAUGAAUAUUAUGAAAUAGAAAAAUCAUGUUUUCAUUUAAAAAAGUUAGUUAAGGCCCCUAAAAAGUUUUUAAAUAUAACCCAAGAAGAUAUAGAUAUCAUGUGUAAUACUGAUGACGAAAGUUAUACUACUUAUAGGGAUAAUAAUGACAAGUAUAAAAUAUAUGAUAACAAUAAUAAUAAUAUUCAAAGUAAGAAUAAAAAUUAUUGUUAUAAGGAUGAUCCAUCGAAAAAGAUAAAUAUAUACAAUGACAAUAUUGAGAAUGAUAGAAAUAUUCAUGUGGACAUAUUUGAUAAACUUCAUAUGAAUGAUUCAGAUUUUGAUACUUAUGAUGAAGAACAUUUUUAUAGGAGACAAAAAUUUUUUUUAGAUAAAGCAGAAAAAAAAAGAAAAAAUCUUCUUCUUUCUAAAAAAUUAAAUGGUCUUGUUGAAAAUAUGAAAAAUGAGAGUUGUUAUGAAAGUGAUUAUUCAUCAAAGUAUGGAACGGAUGGUUCCAUAAAAGAUAAUAAAACAAAUGAAUUAUUAAAAUUGAAGAAAAAAAAAAAAAAAAAAAUGGUACAAAUGAGAAAAGAAAAUAAAUUACAUAAUAUAAAAAAAGGUGUAACUGAUUUAAGAAAUAUUAAAAAUUAUGAUGAUAAACAUAUUAGUGAUGAUGACAAUGUAAGUAGAAGAAAUGAUGCAAUUUGUUCAAACGAAUCUUAUAAUAAUAAUAAUAAUAAUGAUGAUAAUAAUAAUAAUAAUAAUAAUAAUGAUUCUCAUAAUAAUAAUAAUAAUUUGGUUAAUAUAAAAUAUAUUAAAAAUAUGAACAAUAUAAAUAGUAAUAAUUUAAGAAAUGAUACAUAUAUUUUUUCUAAUAGUACGACUGUAGAUAUGAUAUCUUUAGACGAUGAACCAUUAUAUUCAGAUAGUGAACUUAAAGAAAUUGGUAUUACAAAUAUUCAUACAGAAAUAUGUCAAAAAAAAAAUAAUAAAACACUAGAAAAUAUAAAUAAUGAUAUUAUUAAUAAUAAACAGUUUACAGCUAUAGAAAAUGUUCGAUGUAGUGAACAUUAUAAUUAUCCAAUACAAUAUUUUUGUCAUACAUGUUUAUCAUUAUGUUUCUGCUCAGAAUGUGCAAUAAAUGGAAUACAUACAAAUAAUUGUAAUAUAGAAAAUAUUAAUACAGCAUUUAUAACAGUUUUAAAUAAUUAUUUAAUACAGUGGAAUGAAAUUAUAAACGAAUUAAUAAACGAUUUAGAAAAGAAUUUUUAUGAAUCUCUAGAAGAUAUAAAAAAUGACUGGUCAGCACAUUUAAGUGAAUGUUAUUAUAAUUUAAAUACUAAAGUAAAUUAUAUUUUUAAUAAUCUUGUUAAAAAAGAAAAAGAAAUAUUUCAUGAAUUUGAUACAUAUAUAGAGAAAUUCAAAAAGGAUAAUUUACAAUAUAUAGAAUUAUUAAAUGCGAAAUAUGAAGAUAUAGAAAAAACAAUUAACUUAAUACGUCAAAAUAAAUUUCAUACGAAUCCAAUUGAUAUUAUUAAGUUUUAUACAAAUAAUAUUGAUAUUAUAGAUAAAACUAUUUUAUUAAAUAAUGAUUUUAAACCUAUACAAGACUUAUCAAAAGUUAGAGAAAGCAAAAUUUUCUAUAUGGAUUUUUAUGCAUCACAAAUUAAUAGUUAUCUUAAAUAUCUACAGGCAUAUUUAAAUGAAAGCAAUAUCUUACACUCAAAAUAA